CAUAUGCUAAACUCCGGUAGCUAUAGCCUAUAGUUUACAGUGCCGAGUCAUGUGAAAACGGGAUUGAGCAUUGCCGGGGUUUGUGAAAUCACAGCUGGAUCAUUUCUCCCCCUUCUGGAUCUCACUUUCUUCUUCUCUCGGUCAAAUUUCCGUCUACACUUCAGUUUUUCGACUAGCUAGGUUUUGUGUUUCAUCAAUUAUUUCAGCCGGGUUUUGUAGAUCUUCCACCCGUGGGCCAGCAUAAGCUGUCUUGUCCAGGUGAUGCAAAUAGUUAGGUGACAGCUUCAGGGACAAACCCUAGCUAGCUUAGUGCAACAAUGCAGCCAGAGCAGAUUGAUGGAAGUAGAGAGCUGGAAAAUGUGGAAGGUUCCAUACAGCCUGAGAAAGAGUUGGCUGUCUCAAAUGAUAAGAAUAAACAAAAUCAUCCCAAAGAGAAUGGGUUGCAUGAUAACAACCAGUAUGCGGGUUAUACACAAGAAAAACUUGCAGAAAUGAUGAUAGAACUCAGUCUCCAGAAUGAGUAUAUGAAGUCUCAAUUUGAGUGCUUGAAAAACCUUCCUUCCGCAACUGGUAUAUCCAACCAGCAAGAUGGUUUGAUUGAACGAGAAGGUAUGUCAGGUGAAGAUGUAAAAGAGCUCCAACAGAAGAUAGAACUAUUGAGUAGUGAACUUUUGGAAGAAAAACAAACACGGUCUGCAGCAGAGGAGGCUUUAAAGCAUCUCAGGGCUGAAUUUUCAGAGGCUGAUGCAAAAGCCCAAAACCUUGCUGCAAAACUGACUGAAGCUCAACAAAAAAUGGACGAAGAAAUAAAAGAGCGUGAUGAGAAAUACUCAGAGCUCGACUCCAAGUUCACUAGGCUUCACAAGCGAGCAAAACAGCGCAUUCAAGAUACUCAGAAGGAAAAAGAUGACCUCGAAGUCCAGUAUCGUGAAAUUAAGGAGAAAGCUGAGCAAGCAUCCUCCCAGCAAUCUGCAUUGCAGCAAGACUUGGAACGCACUCGGCAACAAGCGAAAGAAGCAUUGAAAGCCAUGGAUACGGAUAGACAACAACUACGAAGUGCAAAUAACAAACUCCGCGAUGAGAUCCAAGAAUUGCGCCACUCCCUAGAACCUAAAGAACACGCUUUUGAGGCAUUGCAACAAUCUCUUUUAGAGAAGGAGCAGAUGUUGGAGGACUUACAGGGAUUACUACAAGCAUCAGACAUGAAAAGGCAUUCUUCUCUAGCUGAGCUAUCUGCUAAGCAUCAGAAGCAACUGGAGAGUUUGGACGCCCAAAUAGGUGAUGCAUUGACAGAUAGAAGUAAAGCAACUGAAACAAUAACCUACUUGCAGGGCACACUUGCUGAAAAGGAGUCUAAGAUUGCAGAGAUGGAAGCAGCUUCAAGCGGUGAAAUGGCAAGGCUUAGGGCUGCUAUUGAGACUCUAAAGGGAGAGAUUGUUUACCAGAAAAAUGAGCAUUUGAAAGAAAAGGAAAACUGGGAAACUGCAUUCCAGGCCUUGAAAACAAAGCUGGAAGUUUCUGAGAGUAAUUGUAUGAGAGCUCAAAUUGAAGUCGCCAAAAUGAGAAGUCAGCUGGAUUUGGAAUUAUCUGUGCAGAGUCAGCAACUAAGUGCAAAAGAUGCUGAACUUAUGUCUGCAAAUGAGGAGAUUAACCGCCUAGAAAAUGAAUUUGCCUCGUACAAAAUUAGAGCUCAUACACUCCUGCAGAAGAAGGAUGCAGAGGUAGCAUCUGCAAGAGACAAUGAACAGCUUAAAGCACAGGAAGAAUCCCUUAAGGAAGCUGAAAAAGAAAUGAUAUCCAUAUCCGCAGAGAGAGAUAAAGCCCUUCAGGAUCUUCAAGCUGCUGUUGCUAAUCACCAGAAUGAACUUGCUGUCAGAGAUGCAACUCUUGCCAGUGUAGAGGAGAAAAUAAGGGAGAUGGAAAUGAAGCUAACUUCUGCAAGUGCUCGACAUGAAUCAGAGAGAAAAACUUGGGAACUAAACCUUAAAACCAUCGAGGAAACCUGGCAAUUGAGAUAUGAAUCUUCAAAAGCACAACAAAAUCAAGUUUCUCCUAGUCCAGACACAUCAAAAGAGCUGGGACACAUCAAAAUGCAGUACAAAAUGCUGAAGGAGGAGCACGAUACACUGCGAGAUCUGGCUGAUAAAAUGAUUGAAGAGAAGGAUAAAGAGAUUUCCAAACUUAUAGAUGAUAGCAAGAAGCUUCAGAGAUUGCUCGAUACCAGACCAACGGCUGAGGAAAACGAUGGUUACACCACAGAAGUCUCCGGUUUCCAGAAACAGGAGAAUUCAUAUUCAAGCACAUCAGCUGCAGAACAGCAAAUUCUGAUUUUGGCAAGGCAACAAGCUCAAAGAGAGGAAGAACUGACACAGACAAAUCGGCAUAUACUUGUACUUCAAGAAGAAAUAGAAGAACUUGAACGUGAAAACCGUCUCCACCGGCAGCAGGAAGCUAUGCUGAAGGAACAGUUUCGGGAGAUGGAAAGAUCAACAAAAAGGGAAGGGGUAGAUCUAACAUAUCUUAAAAAUGUUAUCUUAAAGCUACUUGAAACAGGAGAAGUAGAGGCUCUACUACCUGUGAUCGGAAUGCUGCUUCAGUUCAGUCCACAAGAGAUUCAAAAGUGUCAACAAGAAUACCGGUCUCUAACAACAGAAGUCCCACAAAGCCCAGCAAACGAUGGUUCAGGAUCAGGCACACUCUCCCUCUUCUCUAAAUUCUCAUUUUCUUGACGAAAAACAGUGUUAAAACUCAACAAGGCUGUUGCGGUUAUUCUAGAAGAAUUUCCUGAACAAGGUUUCCGCAUGCCAAAAAAUGUAUCACCUAUAUUAGAAAGUAAAUUUUGUCAUUUAAGUAAAGCCAGUUCUGCAUUGUUUUUACCCUUCUCUUAUAUUUUGAUUCUUUGUCCCAUUCCAUUGGCCAUGAAACAAGGAACCUUGAAGUUAAGUCAUGUUAAUGAUAAGAAAUGAUACCAUUUUAUGUUUUACAGUUAUAUACUCUAUUUUUCUUUUUCUUUUCUUUUUUUGUCUUUUGGGCA